AUGCAUGUGGAAAAUUUAAUUUUUAAAAAUGCUGUAAAAUCUGCUAAAUUUAAUUUUUUAGGACAAAUAUUUUUUAGGGUAGUAUCAUUUUUAUUGAACGUCUUCAUAAUAAGAUACAUAUCAAAAGAUAUAUUAGGAAUUGUAAAUGUUAGAUUAAUGUUAUUAUAUUCUACUGUGAUAUUUUUAUCAACUGAAGGUUUUAGAAGAACAUGCAUAGCUGGAAAUAUUAAUAAUAAAUCAAAAAUUGUUAAUAUUUUGUGGUUAUGUGUUCCUUUAAAUAUUUUAUUAAAUGUAAUAUUUUCUUAUAUAUGGACAUCAAUGUUGACUCCCCCAAAUCCAAACUUGAUACCAUAUUAUGUAAUAUCAGUUUAUCUUUAUUCACUAGCAACUUUUAUUGAGUCAAUAUCCCAAGUAUUUUAUAUCCUGUCACUCAUUUGCCAUUAUGUUACACUUAAACAAGGCCCUAACAUCGGUAAACCAGCCAUGAAUGUUGGAAAUAAAGAAAUCGAUUUGAAAGGUGAUAUUAUUUCUCCUAUAGCAUCACUCACCUUGUGGGCUAUCCUAGCGAGAUGCGGUAUAGAAGCCAAUAUUAUCAAGAUUUUAGGGCUGCAUUAUAGUAAUCUCAUGGCUUCAUUUAAAAUCUUAAAUAAAGUUUCACCUCCUUUCAGGACAAAAAAAGGAGUUAAGCAAGGCUGUGUCGCCUCUCCACUACUGUUUAAUAUAAUAAUGAAUAGAGUAAUUACUGAUACAUUAGGGGCAGCCAAUUUUCUUGAACUUGGAUCCAAUCAGCCGUGGUUUUUGAAAAACAGGGUGAUUAGUUAUGCUGAUGACUUAGUCUUGAUUGCAAAAAACUUGGAGGAGGCUAACAAUUUGGUCUUGAUACUAAACACUUUUAGUCUUAAGGUUGGAUUAGAUAUUAACUUCUAUAAGACUGUAAUCAUGCCAUCGUCUCAUGCUCCCCCUCUGGGCAGUUGUAAAGAUGAACUGAGAUUCCGAAUUCAGAAUAGAGCUGCUUUCUACAAAUAUUUUAAGCUAUGGAGAACUAGGGAGAUAUCGGUGUUCACUAGGCUAAGAAUUUUCAACUCUUCUAUCAUUCCAAUCCUCCUUUACGGGGGUGAUACAUGGGAGAUAACUAAGACAGAGACAAAGAGAUUGCAAACGUUUGUUAAUAAAUGCUUAAGAAUAAUCAAUGGCGUCUUUUACCCCAACAUCAUUUCGAACGACAACCUUUGGAGAAGGUCUAAACAUACUCCGAUUAUAUAUUCAAGUUGCUUGACCUUUUCAUAUGUGAUAUAUUUUAUAUGGAGAAUAUACUCGCAUGGUAAUCAAGAGAUCGAAUUUUUUCACGAAUACAAAGAAUUACUCCCCAGUUUUAAAUUUAAACUAGACCAAGAAGAAAAACGACUUUUAGAGCUAACUUGGAGUUUUAGCUAUCAAUCCCUUAUGAAACAAUUUCUCACUGAAGGUGAAAGAUUUGUCAUGACUUUUUUUGAUAUAAUGACUUUCGCGCAACAGGGAAUUUAUGACUUGGUUAAUGGUCUAGCAUCACUCGUAGCUCGAAUGGUUUAUCUACCCAUUGAAGAUAGCGCCUAUCUAUAUUUUACUCAGACAUCGACAAGGGAACCCCUAUCCCCGCAUCCGAUUGAAUAUAGUCAGAACUCGAAAACUAUAAAUAGCUCAAAGCCUCUACCCCAAGAAAUAGAACGCGAUGACAGUUACGAAAAAUUGAUUGAUUUACUCUCUCUAAUGACCACAAUAGGCCUAUUGGUUAUAACCUUUGGCCUUGCCUAUUCGGAGCUAGCUCUUCGCUUAUACAUGGGUAGCAGCUCACCGCAUAGUAAUCAAUAUGACACAAUAAAUCGUGCCACCAGCUUGCUUCAACUUUUUUGCCUUUACUUAUUUAUUUUAGGUAUCAAUGGAAUAACUGAGUGUUAUACCUUCGCAAUUUAUACCAAAGCAAACAUUGACAAUUUUAAUAAAAUAUUGAUCGUAUUAUCUUUAAUAUUUUUGAUGGUCGCAACUCCGUUGGGAAGGUUAUUAGGGCCUCCUGGAUUAGUGAUCGCGAAUUGUCUCAAUAUAAGUAUUCGAAUCGUCUAUGCUUCUUGUAGCAUAACCCGCAAGAAGGGGGUAAAUAUGGGCUCUUUUUAUCGCUCAUUUUUUCCAUCGACGUACACGUUAUCAUAUUUAGCGAUAUGCACUAUCGUUUGUAAUCUUUCAAACUAUUUUCUAUUUAAAAAUGCCAGCUUAAACAGUAAUUAUAGUCCAACUUUGCUUAAUUACGUCUCGCACAUAUCGAUAGGCGCCAUUAUGAGUCUAUCCGCCUUAUUUCUCAUUUAUGCAAGCGAUAAAAAAUUAGUUCGAUUUAUUGAAAGUUGUUAUUUUUCAGAACAUCGCAAAAAAACGAAUUGA